UCGCGCAUCGUGAGAAUGAUGACACCUUUACCUCUCAAAUUCCAUGUCCGGACACUCCCUACUGUCAGCCUACUGUCAAUAAAAUCACUUAUAUUCAUGAGUUCCGAAGAUACAAUUGAUAAUGCGGCGGCGGCAGCUAAUCCUUCUAUUGCUAUGAAGACGAAGAACUGGGUCCAAUUUGAGGAUGAAACGGGUCCAAAGGAAGCUACUGGUACAGGAAGUAAAGUUAAUAGUGCACCCGCUGUAAUAAAGCCCGAGUCGGUUACAGUAAAAGUCGACAAGAUCAAUAAAAAUAUUGAUCCACCUGAUGUUAAUGAUAAGAAGACUAACGAGUAUCGAGGCGCUGUGAUAGCAACUGAAUCCGUCCAGAUUAAUUUAGAUAGAUCAGGUUUAAGUCGUUCUAUUACAUCUGAAACUCCGGAACUUAAAUUACCGUCUGAAGUUAGAGCGGUGGAAGCUAAGAGUGCUUCUUUGAAAACUAUAGAUCUAAGAGACGUAUCUAAUGGCAGAAAUGCAUCAAGUAACGUUAUCAGUACAUCUAUUGGAAACAUAAGACAGGGUUUCGCCAAUGGUGAUACUAUUGUUACCCUCUUACCAGUAAAUACUAAGUGGCCAUGGAUUACUCCAGCCAAAUUCAGACCAGAAUUAGUGCCGGAGGAAUUAAUGGCACAAGGAUUAACACUUACGGUGGAAGAUUAUGUUCACAUAAUGGAGCUACUUGUGAAUGAUGUACGCUUUAAUAUGUAUAACAUAUGUUAUAAGAGAAUUCUCGUCGUUUGGAUAUUCACCGCUUUUGUUGUACUACUUGGUCUAUUGUUCUCCGGUGUUACUGGUCUCACUUUGUUUGGACUCGGUGUCAUGUGGUUAAUCCUGAACGCAGCUGCAAUAUUUGUCUGCAUGUUCAUAAAAAUAAAGCUCAAUCACAAUCUCGAGAAAUGUAUGGCUCAAGUCAACAAACACUUGUUAAGGCACAAAAUAUUACUGGGGUUGGACGACAGAGGAAAGAUCUCCUGUCACAAAGUAAACCUGUGUUUCAUAUACUUUGAUACUACCGAUUGUGUUAAAAAAUUGCAAGAAGUGAUAGAACGAGAAGAACGAGAAGGUAGAAUAAUUGCUGGUGGUGAUGAUGCAAGCGAAUUAAGUCGACAACGAGAAUUACAACAGCGUAUGGAUAUUGAUGACAAUGACAUUGUUAUACAAGGCAGCACCACUACAAGAAUCUCUCGUAAACAGGGUAAAAACGAACAAGUAUUCUGCCGUUAUGUGCAACGUUGGGCGAAGGAUUAUUUACGUCGACGCUUGGACUGGACAGUUGACGAGGAGGGUGGAAAUCCUUCUUCGCCACGUCACUUAGCGUCCGCUCUGUGUCCAUGUCAAUAUAUAGAGGAAUGGUUACGCAAUAAGCCACGCAUUCAGGGCAGAGAUUUUUGUCCUAGAUGGAGUAGCUUUCUGAGAGACAGAGGCAUUUGAGAUGUUGUUCGGAACAAGCUGCAACAGCUUAAAAAGAUAUACGUGCAGUUUCGCAUGCUUACGCAUUGAAGUUGUAGGGGUUUUUUCGAGUUGUUUUAUUCUCUUGUGCACUGCUAUACGAGCAUUUUAAUAUUUUCAUCAAAUACGAUCUUUUAUAUGCAUAUUAUACUGUUGCUUAUGUACUUAUUUUAUCUUCGUUAUGGCAAUAUCAUGAAGAUUUUUACAAUUUUAUUAUCACAAUAUUGAUAAACAGUACGCUCAGAGUAUAAGAUAUAUGAGCAAUUGGAGCAGCUUCCAAAGAAAACUGCUACUUACUUCCAUCGAUUUAAUUUUCGCUGUAAUUGUAAAACUUACGUUUUAAUUUUGGACUUAGAAUCAUUUUUAUAUUUAAUUUUAUAUAUUCAUAGAAGUGGCCAUUUUUCUAUUGAUAUAGAAAUAGUUAAAUCGCACAAUAUAUAAAUAUGUUAGUACAGAUUUUAUAUUCAGACAUUUGUUACGCGUUACAAAAAGAACUUUAUGCCUUCGAAUUUUUAAACCAACUUUUAAUAUGCACGCAAGCAUAUCGAUGCAGUAACUACAAUAUUUUGAUCAUUGUUUCCUGUUACUGUAUUUGUUAUAUUAAUUUGGAAAUUUACAAAGGUCAUUUAUUUGCAUUUAAUUCGAAACUACUUAAAAUGUACUUAAUAUCUUGUUUAAGAAGUAUUGAAGUAAAGUAUAAAUAAUUAGUACAUGACAAGUACUCCUACUCUCAGAAAUUAAAAUUCGUAUAAUUUUGUUGGCUGUAGUUUUCUGUGCUGCAUAGACAGCGUAAAAAUGUAUUUCUCAUAUCAUUUAUCGUUUUCCGAUAAUCAACGAAUAAACAUAGAUAUAACUUUUUGCACGGCUACAGUACCGAAAUCUAAAGUCGACGAACUUGCGACGAGAUUUUCAUUUCUGAUAAUACUCGACAAUAAAGCUCAUGGAUCGUUGUAGUUACAUUCCACACUUGAUGCUAAAUGUGGUUCUGAUAUUUCAUUUACACGAUACAAACUUUUUUUUUUUUUACAUAAAAUACAUUUUUAAUUGUAUCAUAUUCCAAGAACUCUGCAUUGCCACAUUUAGCAUUAAGCUUGAAUAUGCUAUCUGGAUUAAAUCCGCAAUCCAUAUAGAAAAAUAGAUAUAUAGAUAAUAUAAAUGGAUAUGAUAAUCUCUUUAUCAUAGCAAUCUAUUUCAGCAUUCCAGUAAAUUAUAUUUUUCAAAGGAAUAAUCAAAAUUUUGGAAGUUGGUAUUGAAAUUAUUAUUUUCUAAAGUUAUAAAUGAAGAUUUCUAUUGAGUCUCUUAUUUAUGCUGAAGAAUAUUUUAUCGGUUCUCCUUGUUAUUAAAAAAUUUUUAAUGCUUAUACAAUUACAUUUUAAUGCUUCUGACUUUGAUCAGAUAUAUUUUUAUAGCGCUAUAUAUAUAUAAUAUAUAUAUGAAUGAUAUUGUGAGAGACAAAUGUACUUCUAAAGUGGUGAACAGAUCAUUUUGAAUUGAUAAUGAGCUUCAUGCAUUUCAUAUAACAACCAGAAAAUACUUUAUGAUAUUAUCUAAGUUAUUAUUAACACAGUAGCGCAACAUUUCACAUAUAUAACAAAAAUACAUACAUUAAACUAAGCUUGUGCUUCGACUUUGAAACAAAUUCAAGAUUUUACACUAGACAAAAAAUACAUUUUGAUAGUUCGAGUAGAUUUAAAACUGCGUGUGUUAUCUGUAAGAUCAAAAAAAAAAAA